UCAAAUAAAAAAAAAUACUUUGCACUAUUUUUUUCACGUCUCCAAUGUUUCAUAAAAUUCCGAUAAAAUAUUUCUUUUGCAUUUUAAUCUCAUUAUUAUUAUUUAUUAAUAAUGACAACCUCAACUUUUACUAGAAUAAUUUCCUGCCCUAAAUUCGCCUUUACUAUCGGAUUCGUUCUAGCCAUCACGAUUAUAAUAAUUUCCUGGUACAAAACAUCUCAAAAAAUUGCUGAUAAUACUCAUCAAUAUUGUUCACAACCAUUAAAAUCUCCAUCCUACUACCAAUCCUACAUCCAAGCUGAGAUUGACUUCCGGUCCAGGUUUUUACAAAAGUUGAAGCCAUUUUUACAAGGUGCAAGCAGCCCGUGGCGGAAUAAUUGGGGGAUCUACUUUUGGGACGCGUUCAUCCCGACGAUGACCUGUCCCCACUUUCUGUCCCGUGUUGGUGGACCGGCCGGUGGCGGGAAAUGGGUUUGUGGAUUUGAAUUGUAUACCAGUUACGAACAAAUAUCUUUACAAGAUGGUGGCUUUUUGGAUGUUCCAUGUGUCCUAUAUUCCUUCGGAGUUGGUCCAGAUUCCAGUUUCGAAGCGGAAUUCUUAUCCAGGACGAACUGUUCCGUGCACAUGUUUGAUCACACGAUAGGAGCUCCUGCGGAGGGGCCGGGAUCUCGACUUCCUCCUGGAAUGGAACAUCGUUGGACUUUUGAAAAUAAGGGGCUCGGAAAUAAAGAAAGUCAUGACGGGAUUCAAACUUUGGGUCACGUCAUGCGAACUUAUGGUCACAAAUGGAUUGAUUUUCUCAAAGUGGAUAUCGAAUGGUCGGAGUACUCGGCGUUUAACCAGAUAAUGGAGGAAUUUGAAAUAUUUCCGUUUGGACAACUCAACCUGGAAAUACAUUUACAAGCUCGAGAUUUUAAUGAUACCGCGGACAUGGAAGAAUUCCGCGAGUUUUCAAAAUGGUGGAAUGGACUAAUUGACCACGGACUGAGGGCGUUCACGUGGGAAGUUAAUCAUCAUCCGACAGUAAUUGCUCUUGCAAGAAAACCUUUCGCUGUUGAAUAUAGUUUUAUAAAUGUUAAAAGAAAUCCUAAGCUCUUAUUGGUGGAAUAAAGCACGCAUAAUUUGCA